AAACCAGGGGCAACAUAUCAGUUCCCCCAAAAGUUAAAGGACGUCUUUUGUAAUUGACCUAAAAAACUGGGACUGGCCUCCGGAGGGUAAAAGGGUUUUAGCGAGUGAUAAACCCCCAAAAUCUAAACUUCAACAGAACCCUUUAUAGCUUCAACGUCUCCGACUCGCCGCCUGUUAGCCAAUCGGAGAUGGCGGAAGGCGCUUCAUUUUUGUUCGGCGGCAUUCACUUCAACCGGAGAAAGUUCGCCACUGACUUUUCCCGAUUCGAGGCCAAAAAGAAAGAGAUAAACGCUUCGAGCCUUGCACAACCUGAACCAGAAGAAGAGGAGGAGGAGGAGGAAGAGCCAGUAGUUGCAGUUUCUGUGAAGAAGAGGAAGAGGAAGACGGAGGGUUCAGAGUCUGGGGAUGGAAUCAGUCUUUAUAAGACGUCAAAAUCAGCAAAGGCAGCUAAGAAAGAUAAAGAGAAGCCUGUGAAUGAACGCGCCAAGCAGAAGAAGAAAUUAAAUAGACAACUUGAGCGGGAUUCGAUAAUUCGAAAGAAGUAUAAUGUGCAUGUGUCGGGGAAUAAUAUCCCAUCCCCUCUUGAGAAUUUUUCGGAGUUAAGCUCAAGAUUUGGAUGUGAAGAGUAUUUACUUCGUAAUUUGGCCGAGCUUGGAUUUGAAGAGCCAACACCAAUCCAAAGGCAGGCUAUUCCAGUCCUCUUAUCUGGCCGGGAAUGCUUUGCUUGUGCUCCAACUGGGUCUGGAAAAACCCUUGCUUUUGUGGUUCCCAUGCUUAUGAAACUUAAGCAAGCGUCUAAGGGUGGCAUUCGAGCUGUGAUUCUUUGUCCUACACGUGAAUUAGCUGCUCAGACAACCAGAGAGUGCAAAAAGUUGGCAAAAGGAAAUAAAUUUUACAUUAAGUUGAUGACUAAAGAGCUUGUUAGAAGUGCUGAUUUUUCAAAAGACCCUUGUGAUGUACUCAUAUCUACUCCACAACGGCUACGGAUGGCUAUUCGAAAAAAGAAGCUUAAUUUAAGCAGGGUGGAAUAUCUUGUCUUGGAUGAGUCUGAUAAGCUCUUUGAGCUUGGCCUGUUAAAGCAGAUUGAUUCUGUGGUGAAAGCAUGCUCAAACCCUUCAAUAGUUCGCUCUUUGUUUAGUGCUACUUUACCUGAUUUUGUUGAGGAGCUUGCACGUACUAUAAUGCAUGAUGCUGUUCGAGUUAUCAUUGGCAGGAAAAAUACUGCUUCUGAGACUAUUAAGCAAAAAUUGGUAUAUGCUGGAAGUGAACAAGGGAAAUUUCUAGCACUUCGACAGAGCUUUACAGAGAGUCUAAAUCCACCAGUGUUGAUCUUUGUACAAAGCAAAGAGCGAGCGAAGGAACUCUAUGGAGAGCUGUUAUGUGAGAACAUAAGAGUUGGUGCGAUCCAUUCUGAUAUGUCGCAAGCAGAGCGAGAAAAUGCUGUUGACGACUUCAGAUCUGGAAAAACAUGGGUUUUGAUUGCCACUGAUGUUAUUGCCCGGGGUAUGGAUUUCAAAGGCAUCAACUGUGUUAUUAAUUAUGAUUUUCCAGAUUCUUCGGCUGCCUACAUUCACCGGAUUGGUCGUUGUGGAAGAGCGGGAAGGAGUGGAGAAGCUAUUACGUUCUACACAGAUGAAGAUAUUCCAUUUUUGCGGAAUAUAGCUAAUGUUAUGGCAUCAUCAGGUUGUGAGGUUCCAUCUUGGAUCAUGGUCUUGCCCAAAAAGAAGUGGAGAAAGCACAGACCUGGAAGAGGAGGAUCGGUAUUAGCCGGACCGAAAGAUGAAGUAAAAAAGAAGUGGACAAAGAAGAAGGCAAAAAAAACCAAGACAAACAUAGAUGAUGAACCAAAAGAUGAGCAAGAAUGAAUCGAGUUGGUUCCAUCUAGGGAGUUGUCUUUAGUUGAAAUAGUUCUGAAAUAGGACUCUUCACUAUAAUUGAGUGAUCUAGAUUUUGCAUUUAGUUCGAUUUGGAAGUCCAUGAAGCAACAUCAUUCUAUUGUUGAUGAAAGAUACGGAUAAUGUGGUUAUUGUCUAUUUGAGAGUUGAGGA